UUCCCGCCCCCUCCCCGGGCUCCGCCCUUCCCCCUCCCCCCGGCACCGCCCCCCGCUCUCAUUGGCCGGGCGGGGGCAGGACGAUGGCGGCCAUCCGCAGCGUGAAGGGACUGGUGGCACUGGUGACAGGCGGCGCGUCGGGACUGGGCCGAGCCACGGCGGAGCGGUUGGUGGACCAGGGGGCUCGAGUGGUCCUCCUCGACCUCCCCACGUCACCGGGAGCCCAGCUGGCCAAGGAGCUGGGGGAUCGCUGCGCCUUCGCCCCCGCCAACGUGACGUCGGCCGAGGAAGUGGGGGCCGCCCUGACCUUGGCCCAGAAGGAGUUUGGGCGCCUGGACCUGGCGGUGAAUUGCGCCGGCGUCGGCAUCGCCGUCAAGACCUACAACAGCAAAAAGGACAAGGUGCACGAGCUGGAGGACUUCCAAAGGGUCGUCAACGUGAACCUGGUGGGAACCUUCAACGUGAUCCGCCUGUGCGCCCGACUGAUGAGCCAGAACAAACCCGACGCCGACGGCCACCGAGGUCUGGUGGUCAACACCGCCAGCGUGGCCGCCUUCGAGGGGCAGGUGGGUCAGGCGGCGUAUUCGGCUUCCAAGGGCGGGAUCGUGGGCAUGACGCUCCCCAUCGCCCGCGACCUCGCGCCGUUGGGGAUCCGGGUGGUCACCAUCGCCCCGGGGUUGUUCUCCACCCCGUUAUUAGCCGGUUUGCCCGAACGGGUUCGGAAUUUUUUGGGACAACAAGUGCCUUUUCCUUCGCGUUUGGGGCACCCCGAAGAAUACGCCCACCUCGUCCAGGCUUUGGCCGAGAACCCGAUGAUCAACGGGGAGGUGGUCAGGUUGGACGGGGCUCUCCGCAUGCAGCCCUGACUUUUGGGGGGGGGGGGGACACCCCCCUGUACCCCCAAUUUUGGGGUGUUUUGGGGGUGGGGGGGGGCACCGCCCAGCCUGGAGAUGAGUUGGGGCGCUCCACGCAAUGCUGUGGCUGGAUGCUCUAGGAUGGGAAUGAGAAUCCCCAAAAUGAGUGGGGACCCCCCCCCCCGAAUGGGGACCCCCCCCCCUUACGAGUGGAGACACCCCCCCCCAAAAUGGGGACACCCCUGAGAGUUGGGGGACACCACCCCCACGCCCGCCCUUCCCUGGACCAGGGGCGCCGCCGGGAGGUGGGACACCCCCAUACCCGGCCGUGGGGACCCCCCCCCCCCCCGCCCGUGGGAGUUGGGACCCCCCUCCAGGGCGUGGGGACCCUGCGCCGGCACCCCCCGCCAAAAUAAAGCGUGUUCAGCCA